AUGGCGACUCUCCUCCGCCGAUCCGCCGCCCCCGCGCGGCAUCUUCUCCUCCUUCCCCGCCAGCUCGGCGCCGCCCGGUCCAUGUCCCGCUACUACGCCCGUGACGAGGUUUCACGGUUCGACGCGCUGAGCACGCCGGUGAACUGGGGCGUGAGCAUCGUGCCGGAGAAGAAGGCCUUCGUGAUUGAGCGCUUCGGCAAGUAUCUCAAGACGCUCGACUCCGGGAUCCACGGGCUCGUCCCCCUCGUCGACCGCAUCGCCUACGUGCACUCUCUCAAGGAGGAAGCCAUCCCCAUCCCCGACCAGUCCGCUAUCACCAAGGAUAACGUGGUCAUCCAGAUCGACGGCGUCCUCUACGUCAAGAUUGUUGAUCCCUACCGUGCUUCAUAUGGCGUGGAGAAUCCCAUUUUUGCAGUCAUUCAACUUGCGCAGACAACUAUGAGAAGUGAGCUUGGAAAGAUAACCUUGGACAAGACUUUUGAAGAGAGGGACACAUUGAAUGAGAAGAUUGUGAGGUCCAUAAAUGAGGCUUCGACAGACUGGGGCUUGAAGUGUCUUCGUUAUGAGAUCAGGGACAUUUCUCCUCCACCGGGCGUGAAGAAUGCUAUGGAGAUGCAAGCAGAGGCAGAAAGGAGAAAGCGUGCUCAAAUUCUCCAGUCAGAAGGGGCUAUGUUGGAUCAGGCAAACCGCGCCAAGGGUGAGGCUGAAGCGAUUCUUUCCAAGUCACAAGCUACGGCCGAAGGGAUUAGAAUGGUCUCAGAGUCCAUGAGAGCUGAAGGCAGUGCUGAGGCUGCAAAACUGAGAAUUGCUGAACAGUACAUCACAGCAUUUGCUGCUCUGGCCAAGAAUACCACGACAAUGCUUCUUCCAAGCGAUGCUGGCAACCCAUCAUCUAUGAUAGCCCAGUCUCUCCAGAUAUACAAGCAUAUAAGCCAGUCCAGCAGCCUGAAAGGAGGGAACCAACAGGCAGAAGAAGUUGAGGAAGCAGGACCGCAAGAAGAGGGCGAUACGUUCGGCCUGCCUUCUGUGACCAGCGCGAUGCCACCCAGCACGCAAACAGGCCAUGGCAGCACGUUCUCCCUGCAGAAGCGUAAAGAAUGA